AUGUCUUUGUUGGCUCCUUUAAUAGCUCUGUACAGAUACUCUCUGGAACCAGUGGCUCCAUUUACAUGGCUCGGUUGGGGAAUAAGUUCCUUGGAUGUCGUCGCUGCCUUUAGGCUUUGCGUUCUUUUACGCCAAAUCCGUGAAGAUGCUCUUAAGAAACACAUUUCAACAAAGGGGUCCCAGGCGCCUGAGGAGGCUUCCUUUGUGAAGAGUGCCUCAACCACCUUAUUGGUUGUAUAUGGAGCACCCUUCCUUGGACAACCUCCUUCUUUCAUGAUUUCAGGCAUUGUUCCUGCUUUGUACACCGCUAUCCAGGCUAUCGUCGACAACCUUCCUUAUGUUCCAGAGAUAUCUGCCGAAUUAGAAGUUCCAUUGUCGCUACUUGACGGCUUCACGCGUGCCUAUCUAUUCCCAGUUUCUCUAUCCGUUCAGACUCCCCCUGAGCUCAAGGCAUACGGCUGGACUACCGCUGAUUUGUGGUGUGCGCCGGUAGUGACUGGCCUAUACGCCCUCCUCACCCAUGCCCAACCAUACUGGGCCGAAUUGCAUUCUAUCCUUUCCGGUGUCCUGGGCUCCACUUCAUUGGGAGAGCCCGUCAAACCUCUUGAUCCCGAAACUGCCAGGGCAGUCUGUGCCCUCCUCCUUUCUGGAUUGUUUUUUGGAAGGACUACCAAGAACUUUGGACUCUGGAAGCCUUUCACUAAGAAGAUAGAACCCAAGGUUAAGACACAGUAG